AGGAGCACGACUUCCGGCCUGAAAAGGAAGUCUGCUCCUUUUUCUCCCAAACCCGCUUCUUCCCCCCUACCCCCCGCCACGCGAGGCUGCGGCGCACGGUAUGGGUGUGUUUGUGUGUAUUUGUGUGGGGAGGGCGUUUGGAGGGAAGGUUACUGGGAGCUCCGAGGCCGCUGGGGAACAGGGAUCCCGGUGACAAAGAUGGGGAUAUUUCCUCUGUCUUCCACUUCGAAACCUUAACCCCCGCUUCAGGCCCCCUAGAUACUUUCUGGGGCCCAACCGAAGGCCGUUGCCAUCCAAAGCGUCCCCAGCCUUUCUGGGGAGUGAAACUUACCCCCGGGGUUCGUCCCAGAGGAGCGUGAGCGGGGAAUGCCCAGGUCAACCGGGCUGUCCGAAUUCCGCGCCGGCUCAGCCUCCGGCCUCAGUCCGGGAGAGAGAUCUGCCUGUCGAUCUGGGCUGGGGGAAAGGCGGCAGUGGCCUGGGCCACAGGUGAGGGCAGAGUAACCAGUGGGAAGGCUGCGUUUUCACGAAGGACUCGGGUGAAGCUGCAGAGCUGCCUUUGAGCCCUGACUCCUUGGCUUCCUGGGUCGGAGGAGAUCUUGUAAUGGAGUGGUUCUUCGCCUCACUAACAAGAUGCCUGAUUUCCUCAGGAUCAAGGGAUUGAAGAAUGUCCCGGAUUCCACUGGGGAAAGUCCUCCUGAGGAAUGUCAUCCGGCACACAGAUGCUCACAAUAAGAUUCAGGAGGAAUCAGAUAUGUGGAAAAUAAGAGAACUGGAAAAACAGAUGGAAGAUGCUUACCGGGGGACCAAAAGGAAAAUGCUACCCAGCAGUUCAAGCCGGAUGCGCAGUGAUGGUUUUGAUGAAGAAAGUCAAAGAGACUAUUGGAGGCCAAAGAAUGAAAUUUCUGGGACACUGGAAGAUGAUUUUCUUAAAGCUAAAUCCUGGAACAAAAAGUUCUAUGAUUAUGAAGCAAACAUGCCAGACAGAUGGGGUCACAGUGGUUAUAAAGAGUUAUACCCUGAAGAAUUUGAAACAGACAGUAGUGAUCAGCAAGAUAUUACCAACGGGAAGAAAACAUCUCCCCAGGUAAAGUCAUCUACCCAUGAAUCCCGCAAACACAAGAAGUCAAAGAAAUCCCACAAAAAAAAGCAGAAAAAAAGGUCACACAAAAAACAGAAGAAAAGCAAAAAGGAAGCUACAGAUAUAACAGCAGAUUCCUCGAGUGAGUUCUCAGAAGAAACUGGGGCUUCUGGUACAAGGAAAAGGAAACAACCACAUAAGCGCAAGAAAAAAUCCAGGAAAAAGUCUCUCAAAAAACCUGCUUUAUUCUUAGAGGCAGAAAGUAACACUUCACAUUCAGAUGAUUCAGCAUCCAGCAGUUCUGAGGAAAGUGAGGAAAGAGACACUAAGAAAACCAAAAGGAAAAAGAGAGAGAAGAAAGUCCAUACCUCUGUAGCCAACAAUGAAAUACAGGAGAGGACAAACAAACGCACAAAUUGGAAAGUAGCUACAGAUGAAAGGUCUGCUGAGAGCUCAGAGGAUGACUAAAUGGGAAAUACUAUUGUUUUCCACAUGACUGUGGAUAUUUACAGUUCUUACUCCUUGUGGUUUUUCCAGUGACUCUUGUUCAGCACGGGGCCUGAGGUCAGAGCUAUCUUGUGCCAUCUGUAUGUUCUGACAGACUUCUUGUCUUCUAUUUUGGUGUUAAGCUUGAUCCCCUUUUCUUGUUAAAAGGGAAUCUGGUAUUUUGUUAUGAAGGUUUCUUGAAGAGAUUAUUUUUUUGCAAUUAAUUAUGUUUAGUGUAGAGUGCAUAUACAGCAAAUUAAAGGACCCAGAAAGCUGGAUCCAAUAGUGACCUGGGUACACCAAUCGGAAUAUUGAAUUUGGGGAAGUCAAGGGCUGGGAUCAAGAGGUGGAUUGGAACUAAUGCCAUGUAGGAUGGUAUGACAAGGCAACACUAUAUUGCUCUCUGUUUAUAUAGCAGGUGUCACAACUGACUUGUCUUUAGCCUUGGUGCUUUGAUCCUUCUAUAUUUUGACCCCAUAGGUGUGGUCCGGUUUACUUAAUCAGGACAUGGGCCUAAGAACAAACCUUUUCCCUUCAUGAUAACAUCCAUAGACAACUUAUUAGAAGGGACUAGAGUUUCUGCAAAUUUCCCUGCUGGACGGGGCCUACAGCUAUACUUAGUAUACGCCUAAACAUGGUAAUUGGAUAUUAAAUGGUUUUUUAGUUCCAUUGCUGUAUAUUUGCCUAAAUGGACUUGUGUUCAAAUUAUUUCUUCAGUUGUCAUAGAUAAUCCUGUACCAAAUGGGGAAGAAUUAGGAAAUAAUCAUGUUGUUUAAUGGUACUCUGGAUUCAGGGCAGCAACUGCCAUUUAAAUGUUGUCUUGUUCAUUUCUAAAUCUGUUAAUGAAGUUUAGGUUUUCUCUGAAA